AUGGGAGGCUAUAUAUUGAAGGUAUGCCUUGCGGCUCAGAACCAAGUCGUCGCUAAAACCAAACACCUAUAUGGCGACGAAAUUUGGGGCAUCGUCAGCCUUUGUUCUUUAUUUCUUUUUCUUGACGCCUGCUAUAUCUUCGUACUUGGCGGCACCUCAGCUGAUAAUGGGAACAACAAUUGCUUGAACACCACGGCGAAGUAUAAUGUGCCUUUCAACGGGAUCGAUUACCGUAAUUCUACGCCCACCGGCAGGGCUAGCAAUGGCUUGAUUUUGCCUGACUAUGUUGGUGCGCACGUUUCUCUCUGUCUUGUUAUUUUUCUGUCAGCUGCAUUUUUAUUACUUGGUGAAUUUUCCUAUGUUAUAUUACCAGCGAGGAGGCUGAAUCGCACCGAAAGCCCUCGGCCGAUCAUCUGCCUUAUCCGAAGCUCCGACGAAUACAAACGGGCUAUACUGACCGAGGGCGGCACUUUGGCUUCGGCAAGCUCCGGAAUUUUUGACACAACCGGCCGCCCGCGGUUUGGCGAAGUUAUACAGGUACUGCCAUUACGCACGCAGGUGAAGUUCUUCGGGGAGGUGUACGAGGACUUGAUUGAUUUACAGGGCCGACAAGCCGCCGCCAGUUUGAUACGCCGCUCCCUCUUUAUAGUGUCCACCGGAAGCUCUGACAUCGCCGACCAACUGGAUCGGCACCCCAUCUCCGACAGCUUCUUUAUCACCGCUGUGAUAGCCCAAUAUGUUGGUCUGUUACGGAGUCUAUAUGCAUAUGAAGCAAGGAAGUUCGCCAUUGUGGCACCUCUGCUGAUUGGAUGCAACCCAUCUUCCCGUGCCGAGAACGCAACCGGUGGUGGCCGGUGCAACCAGAGAGGAACUUCGUUGACGCUCGACUUCGUGGAGAGCCUCGCCACCGCGCUGAGACGGCUGCGCGUGUUGUAUCCCGAUUUCCAGUACUCCAUCUGUAACGCUCCCAACUUCUUGCUGGAUGUCAACGCAAAUCCUGGGAGUUUCCCGGCAUGUGGUAUAAGUGAGGUGAGAGAUGCGUGCUGUGGGAACGGAACCAUGCCCUGCCGGCCAACUUCAACCCUGUGCGGCAACCGCGAGCAGUACCUGUAUUGGAACCAGUACCAGCUCACUCAGGAGGGCUCCAGGAUCCUUACUGCAGCUUGUUUCAGCAGCAACCUCAGAUACGCCGCUCCUAUCAACUUCUACCAGCUUGCUCGUACUACUACCUGA